AUGCUCGGAGCCGCGAUUUCAGCCAACGAGGAAUCUCACAAGGCAGCUAACGAGGCAGGCAACCAGGGACCCAAUGAGGCAGCUCACAAGGCGGCCAACCAGGCAACUGACGAGUUGGCCAACAAGGCAGCCGAGCAGGCAGCGGACGAGUCUCCCGACAGCGCAGCCAACAAGGCAGCCAACGAGGCACUUGACCAGGCAGCAAACGAUGCAGCCAACCAGCACGCGCCAGCUUUUGCCAUGGCGGACUCCUCGGGCAUGGCAGCCUUCGCCAACCUCGAGCGGCAGGCGAAUUCUGGGGACGACGGGAAGAAGCCCCCUGUGCCGCGCACAUACCUGAAGAGUUGGGAGACGAUCCCGAAGUCUUUCCUGAACGCAUACGGCCGUGGGAAAUUCGACGUGAUGCCCACCCACGAACUCUGGGGUUUGUGCAACGUGAAGCAAAAGACGGGUGCUGUCUACGCCACAGAGUUAGCCAGCGAGCAUGAUGAAAGGCGCGGGGUCGGCGUGAAUCGCUGGCUGCAGAGCCAGGUACAGUUCCUCGAGUACCUCAAGGGCGAGCGUGUGCAGGUGGAGGCGUGCAUGAAACCAGACAUCGUGCGCCUGCUGUACCAGGAGAUCGACAAGGUCCUUCCGGCGAUGAAGAAGAUCCUGGCGCCGAAAAAGGAGCACCGCAAAGACGGGAUCGACCAGCUCCGGAGCGCCGUGGUGGCGGCCGCGGAGACAGUGGGUGUCGAUGACCUCAACACGAAUGCGAAGAUCGUCUGGGAGUACAUCAACCCCGCCCAGGUCAACAUUGUCAGGGCUACCCAGUUUCUCUUCAGCGGAGGGGGGAGCUCCCACGUGGCGUCGUCGCACCACCGCGCCAUGCUGGGCUUCGCGCUUCACGGUAAUGCUCUCCACAACGACCGCUCAGGGGACGCCGUGACGCUCGAGCAGUUCCAAGCGGCUGUGCGGGCUCGCCACGCCCAGGGACCCGUCGACGAGGAGGAGCCCCCCCACAAGAAGAUCAAGCCGGGCACGGCGGUUGCGGCGGGCUUUCAGUGA